GAGAAAUUGUUCAAAUGACAGCCAGUAGACACUCCUUUUUUCUUUAUCUCGUGCUUCAUUUCUCCCACACACAUGGCAAAUAAAGCUCAUCUCCAGUUUGACAUCACCUCAGUGGCUGAUAUGAAUGGAACAGAGGCUCCUGUCCAUGCCAUGAACCAGCUUCUAACUAGCUCCAACAACUCCAGCAGCUCCUGGCAGGCGGAGGCAGUCCGAGGAGUCCAAAUCACGGCUACUCUGCUCAUCUUCCUGGUGGGGGUACCUCUGAAUGGGCUGGUGGUUUGGGCACUUGGACUGCGGAGUCAUCGUCACCUGGUGCGCAGAGGCAGCAGUGAGGAGACGCGUGCUGCCAGCAGUUUUCGCAUAUAUGUCCUGAACCUGGCCCUGGCUGACCUGGUGCUGCUCCUGCGUACCCCCAUCAUGUUGGGCUACGUCGCUCACAACUACAGCUGGCCGUUUGGUCGUGUCUUCUGCCACCUGAUCAUGUUCCUGCGAGGACUGGGGUUAUACGCGUCCGCUUUCCUCAUCUGCGCCGUGGCCCUGGAGCGAUGCCUGUGUCUGCUCAGGCCUGUGUGGGCUCGGCUGCGACGCCCCUCCUGGGCCGUUCCUCUGGCCUGUGGCAUUUUAUGGCUCAUGGCCACCAUCCUGUCAGCCCCCUACCUCAGCAGUGCCGUCCUGAUGGAAGUAAACGGGACGUACCAGUGCCUGGAGAGUGGCGAGUUUAACACAGCACUGUUUGUCACAGAAAGUAUAGCAGGUUUCAUCUUACCCCUGCUGGUCUUCUUGGCAAGUAACCUGGCUGUUUUGCUCACCGUUCAGCAAGCAGUGCCCCCAACACCCACCUCCUCCUCCACCCCUGCCAUCUCCCGCAGGAUGACCAGGAUGUACCAUGUGCUCUUUUUCACCAUGCUCCUCUUCCUCACCUGCUGGGUCCCCUAUUUUGUUUGUCGGUUCCUGCGAGCCUUGGCUGAGGGACAUCCUGAACGGUCUGCGCUGUAUGAACACGCACGUCUUGGCACGUACAUAUCUCUGUUCCUGGUGUACAUCAAGAGCGCCCUUAACCCCGUGCUCUAUGUGUUCGCUGCCCGAGGCUUGAGCCGUGCUAUCAGAGCUUCACUCGUCUCCACAAUUGAACGUCUUUUCAAUGAUGACUCCACAGAGUCCAUACGAAGGAAGUCACUUAAGAACUCACUUAAGAACUCACAGAUGUAGCCAAGACAUCAGUAAUGUUUUCAUGGUUUUAUACAGUAGUUUUUAUAAGAUGUCUUUUGAUCUUUAAAAGUGUAAAAGUUGUUGAAUAUUUCUGUUAGCUGUUUGGUUUCUCCAAUUUGCUUAUAUUCCCCACAAAGUGUAAAUAAAGACAGAUUUAAGGGGUUACAGUGAAGCAAUGCACGUGCUUUAGGCCGGUGUUUUUCAAAUGGGUCUGAAAGCCGCAGCAAAUGGAGAAAUUGGUAAAUGUGAGCAUUACUACAUUUCCUAUAUGCAUGUAACCCUGCUGACUGAUUGGACCAUACCAUAAAGUGAUGUUAGUUGAAUCAUAGUUUGAUUACAACCAACCACUUCUGUCAUUUCCACAUGCAACCAGCACUUUCUGACAGGACAUUCCCUCCAAUGGGGGAUCCUUGGCAUGAAAAGGUCACUCAUAGGCUUGGAUCAACCAGAGAAAGACAUCUACACUCGAGACAGAAGAACAUACAUCCAAUCAAACAUUGAACCAGGCUGGGUUUCUGUCCUGUCAGCUCAAAACAAGAAGAAAUAUGGGCUUAAGUGUCAUCACUUAAACUAGAUGACUGAAGGCUCCAAAAAUGCUUCUGCUUCUGUUGCAGCAUGCUGAAGGCAGGGUCAUAAUUAGGCAUAAAAAUGAAUUCAUGAAUCAUCUUGUCCGUGUGAUAGUGGGCAGGAAACACCUUCAUGGUAAACAACAACCCAGAGUCAACGCAGCAUCAGUGCCAGAGUUUCCUGGCCCCAGGGUAACCAUUGUCAUAUGGAUUCCUCCAAGAUAACGCAUUAUUAAGCUUGCAGGUAUAUGUACUGUCUCAGUGUGGUUCAAGGAAGGCAGUAAUCAAUUUACCUUAUCAGUAUCAAAGGUAUCAAAACUCAGAUCAAUCACUGUUGAACUCAUGCUCAAGAUCAGUUUAUAACAAGCAGUAGUCCAUACAUCCGGUCCUAUUUGUACCUCACAAACCAAUGAAUGUACGCAGUUAAAGGACUGAAGCACAGUACGCUGAGCACAAAGUUGCAGGCUCAUUAUUUCAUUGUGAUUGUACCACGAGAUAGUUUUAUGAUUGUCUAUUGUUUAUAAAAGCACACCCAUUCUGUCACUGUUGACACAAAUGGAUGAAACUGUAAUUAAUGGCAGCACUUUAUAUUUGUUUUCUUUCUACAUUAAAACAUGAUUAC